ACCACCAAGACAAUACCUUCAGCAGUGCAUCGAGAAGUGUCUGCCGCUUCCCUCCUGUGCGGGGCGCUGUGGGACCAAAGCCCAUGGCGCCCCUGCUUGCGAAGCGUCCGUCGAUUCUAUCUUCCGGCGCCGCCUCCGUCACCAGAGAUGUUCGUCCGCAAUAUCUACAAGAAACAGGACGGAGGCGGCGGCGGCAUCUACGAUGCUCACCCCCCGCGCCGCCGUGGCUGACCCUUUCGCCGCGUCGGUUCGCGUUGUCUCGCCGCCCAAGACCACCAAGCGCAAGACCGCCGCAACUGAGGACACUCCGCCGGACAUAGGCAAGGAGCUGAACCUCCAUGACCUGCUUGCUCGCCUCGACGACGACCUCCACCUGCCAACCUCUGCCGCAGUCGUUGCCGUGCGUCUAGUAGCCUAUCCGGGCCUUGCUGUCGCUGCCUUGGGUGCGCUCGUUGUCGCCUACUGCUUCACCCUGGCUUGGCUGGUCUUCCACCUCCAACUGCUGCGACUCACCAUCGACACACCGCUGCCUGCGCUGCAUCUCCGCCGCACCGAGGAUUGGCCGUCGCACUCAGCACCAACUGGUCGUCGUCCGCCGGCUCGAAGACACAUGGCCCCGGUCUGCGUGCUCUCGACAACAUCAGGACUGCGGAUCCCGCCUGGACGUCUCCACCUUCAUGCCAUUUCCCCGCACUGUGAGCAUUGACUGUUCGCUGGCCGCCGCCGACGUUCGAGUAUCAGAUCACAUUGUCCCGCCACGCCGAGGGCUGCUGUAUCUGUCAAUGUUGUUGCGGUUGCUGAUGGUACGCUCUGAUGAUGAUGGGGCUGGGAGUUGUCUGUUCCGUUGUGUGCAAGAUGUUGGCGGUCGCAGAUGUCGAGACACAUGCCACUGGAGGAUGUUGGUGGUGCGCACUGCUCAGAGCUCAGAUAGCCACUCGAAACCUGUUGCUCAUGUUUGUGUUCAUGUUGUU